UUCAGCAAACAGCUGAGUGAUGAUGAGAACCAGACCACCUUUGGGAACUGCAAUCAUUCUCACGGACACAACUAUAAAGUGAUGGUGACCAUACGUGGAAAGAUUGACCCCAUCAGCGGCAUGGUCAUGAACAUUUACAAACUUCAGGAAUACAUGGAGGUGGCCAUCACUGAGCCUCUGGAUCACAAGAACCUGGACCAGGAUGUGGAUUAUUUUGCCAAUGUUACAAGCUCGACAGAGAAUCUAGCCAUAUUCAUCUGGAACAGUCUGGAAAAAAUCCUUCCAGUGGGGUGCCUGUACAAAGUGAAGAUCUACGAGUCAGACAGAAACUACGUUGUGUUUAAGGGCAGCUAAAAACCCCUCUCACAAAUGAAAAGCAGGGAGCACAGGUGGGAAAGCAGAGCGCCAUUUUGAAUGCAAGACAAUCUCCUCCCUUCUGGGACUGUUUGUGAAUAGGU